CGACACAGCCGGCCGCAGCGGCGCCGUUACCGCAGCAGGGAUGAAAGAAGGCAGUAGGCACAUGAAUCACGGCAAUUUUUGAUUAACCGAAGAAUGCGAAGGAAGGAAAACUGUUUUCUGCGGGUUUGCUAAAAAAUGGGGCACAUUGUAGUAAACGACACUUUCGUCGAAAUCUUUUCGGAGGUUGGAAGCUCUAAGCCAUUUACACGCUCCGAGACUAUUACUGCUGCAGUAUGCGCUAUAAUAUUCAGCAUUAUUGGAGUAUUAGGUAAUUUAAUAACGGUAAUCGCAUUGUUAAAAUAUACCAGACUGAGACGACAUGCCACCACAGCAUUUGUGAUAAGUCUAAGUAUCUCCGAUUUGAUCUUCUCGGCGGUAAACUUGCCUCUAACCGCCAGUAGAUAUUUGAACGAAGCAUGGGUUCUGGGUGAGACUCUAUGCAAAAUAUUCCCCUUAUUCUUCUACGGGAACGUCGCUGUAUCUUUACUUAGUAUGGUGGCCAUUACUAUCAACAGAUAUAUACUAAUCUCACAGUCGGACAUUUACAACCAGUUAUACACUACUCGCGGCAUAAUGCUAAUGUUAAUAGGUAUAUGGACUCUAAGUUUCUUGAUGCUGCUGCCACCCUUAUUAGGCAUCUGGGGUACUCUAGGACUAGAUCCGGCCACGUUCUCAUGCACCAUACUGAAGAAAAACGGCUCGAGUCCGAAGAAGUUUCUGUUCAUUCUUGGCUUUAUCGUACCAUGCGUGGUGAUCAGUGUUUCGUAUCUCUGCAUAUAUUGGCGUGUACGCAGAAGCCGAAAGAAUCUCGAGGCUCAUGCAGCGGAAAGCGGUCGACGAGGCGGUGGAUUUCAACGGCGGGAAGACUCCAGAGUGACUAGACUGAUGCUUACUAUAUUCCUUUGUUUCCUGUUGUGCUUCAUGCCGCUGAUGCUGGUGAACGUUAUCGACGACAAGAUGAAGUUUCCGAUACUUCAUAUAGUGGCGUCUGUGCUCGCAUGGGCAUCCGCGGUGAUAAAUCCUUUUAUUUAUGCCGGCACUAACAAACUGUAUAGAGAAGCGUACAAACAGAUUCUGUGCCCAGUUUCAAGCAGAACACCUACGAUCGGUCCCAAACCAACGCAUUCUCACUCGAGCAAGUUUUUGACACCUCAUACGAUAUAAACAUAUUUUUCAUUCCGGAAGUAAUCGAUCGCCUCGGAUUAAUGGCGGUAAAAAGUAGACGCAUAA